GGAAUUGCACCGGAAAAGGAUCAAGCGAAGAGCAUAUAGAGAGAGAGAGAGGGAGAGUUCGGUUUCUAUUUGAAGCCUGGGCUGGUCGUCUCUCCCCGCAGACCAGCUUGAUAGAUAGCUUAUCGCUGUCGACAAUCUCACUCUGCAAUCCAAUAUCUUCUUUAUCCUCUUCCACUCAGUUUUUUCUCCAAUUCGGUCAGAUCUGUUUCCUUUUCCCCUCAUCAAAAUCAACUAGAAAACCCUACGAGCAUGUGAACCUUUCUCUGUCUCUUUAGCUUCUUUUUCCCGACUAUAGCUUUCAGUUUUUUUUUUAAUCUUUACUAUUUUGGUUUGUUCUACUAGUAUUAAAUUAACACCCGUUCCAGACCCUGAACAAAAUAUCCUUUCCCUUUUUGUUUUGUCAUCUUCCUCACUUUCUGCUCCCUAAACUGUCCGCCACUUACUAGCUGGUUCGUCUUUUCCCUGUUCCUGUAAUACUCCGACACGAUACCGAACCAGAGAAGGGUUUUUGGUUUUAGGAUUGGAUUCCUGUUCAGGGAUAUAAGAAAUGCAAGACCCAAUGGCAUUCCAGCCGAUGAAACCCCAGUUUCCCGAACAAGAACAGCUUAAAUGUCCGCGUUGUGAUUCUACCAACACCAAAUUCUGCUACUACAACAACUAUAAUCUCUCCCAGCCACGCCAUUUUUGCAAGAAUUGCAGAAGGUAUUGGACCAAAGGCGGUGCUCUUCGAAACAUACCAGUCGGUGGUGGAAGCCGAAAGAACACCAAACGAUCGUCGACCACCAAACGCCCUUCUGCUGCUGCUGCUUCUUCAGCAUCAUCUCCUCCUGCAUCGGUUCCACCUGCCUCAACAGCUCGUCCGGAUCCUGACCCGACCCGGUUUUAUGCCAACCCCAGUGGUCCCCCGCGCAUCGGUGGGAGUUUCAGUUCCCUUCUGGCAUCAACGUGGGGAGGUUUAUUCGAGGGUCUGAAUCCAAAUGGGUCUGGUUUGAAAAUGAUGCAACUGCAUGAAUUUGGGGAGAAUGUGGGUUCUGGCCAUGCGAAGAAUUCGGAUUCGGGCCGAAACUCAGGGCCGGAAAGGCAGAGCAAUGGUAAUUCGGAGAGCUUUCUCGGUAAGCAAAAUGUUGAUUCAAGCUGUUGGAAUGGUAGUAGCAAUGGGUGGUCUGAUCUUGCAAUAUAUACGCCAGGCUCAAGCUAUCAGUAGCAAGUGACAAUUGACUGAACCUUUUAGUAUGGCUAUGUUGCUGAUUCUGAGGUUCAUACUUGAAAACCGUUUAUCAAAUGGGUGAUUAUAGUUCCUCAAACAGCAUUUUCUGACGCUAUUGGAUGGAAUAUCUCAUACCAGAAAGAUCCUCUAAAGAAGCAUCAUCGUAUAGGUAAUCUAAUAGCUCUCUUUUGAUUUAUGACCUGUUUGUGAAUGGUGUUCUUUAAUGACGGAAAAGAAACGAAUAGAGAAUCAUAUUGAAGGUGAUUUCUGGAGGGAUAGUAUACAUAUGAAUGUUGUUAUGGAAUGGCUGUUUUUGUGAUGUGGGGGAUUUGUGAGCGUGGUUUGGGAUUCUAAUUUAUAUGUACUGGAUACACGUAAUAUGGUAUAUGUUUAUGCAUAGUUUUUCUUGAAUC